GAAAACUGCAGUUCCGUUGACUUCACAUGCGCUGACACACCUUGUAAGAAUGGCGGCAAUUGUUCGAGUGAAUCAGGGAACGUAACUUGUACAUGCUUACCGGGUUGGAAGGGUGAUAUAUGUGAGGAAGCUGUAGAUCCUUGUGCUGGUAAUCCCUGUGAAAAUAAUGGCACGUGCUCCAUUGAACACUUUGGAUUUUCCUGUACCUGUCAUGAUGGUUUCAUUGGUGAUGUCUGUAAUAUCACGGAUAUGACGACGAUAUCCACGUUUAUAGAGUCGACAACAGUUACUGUAAUUGUCGACACGACGACAGGAGAAACGUCGGACGUUACUACUGUUAACGAUACAGAGAUAUUAAAAACAACUACACAGCUUCCUGAAACUUCAACAGCAUUGAGGAUAGCGUCCAUAAUGCUCAAAGGGAGAUUACUCGGAGAUAAUAGAGAAGACGUUCGGAAAGGAAUGACUAAUCUCCUUCAAAAAAUGUUGAAUUUAAAAGGCAAAGUAGAAAUCGCCAUCAAUUAUAAACCAGCAAUACUUCCGAAUGGAGAAUUAGUUACGAAUGUUUUGGUCCAUGUGGAAGAAAAUGGUAACACAGUGGAACCAGAGACAAUUCAGAAAGUAUUUCAGGACACGGAAAUUGCGGUGCUAGAACAAUACAUACCCUUGCCUAUUUACCGCGAGGGAGCCCCUAAGACAGCCCCUCUCCUAGACGGCCACCCCAGUUGGAUCCAUGACAACUGGUACGUGGUUCUAGUCAUUUUUGUCGUCAUCAUCGCCAUGUGUAUAUGCCUAACAGCGUUCGUCGUAUAUAAGAGGAAAAG